AUGGCGGGCGGUUUCACUCUCCGAAAGUGGAUAAGUAAUUAUCCUUCCAUUCUUAAAGACAUUCCAACUGAACAUCAAACGAACCUCACAUCGCUAGAAUUCAAAGAUAGUACAGUUUUUAACGCAUUAGGAUUAUGCUGGCAACCAGCAAUUGAUGCCUUUCAAUUUACCUUAAAACUUCCUUCUACAAAACACAUUACGAAACGAUCUAUCUUGUCCACCAUUUCAACAUUGUUCGAUCCCCUAGGUUUGCUAUCUCCAAUCACUAUUAAAGCAAAAAUACUCAUUCAAGAAUUGUGGGCCAUUAAACUCGAUUGGGAUGACCAUCUUCCUAUGAUGGUAACCAACAAGUGGACCACGUUUCUCAAUACUCUUCAAGAAAUGACUCAUCUCACGUUUCCUCGUUGGCUUGGAUGCAAGUCAACGGAUAAAAUCGAAAUUCAUGGUUUCUGUGAUGCUUCCCAACAAGCAGCUGCUGCCGCUGUAUAUCUUAGAUCUACAGAUUCAAAUGGCAUCAUUUCAAUAAAUCUUGUGGCUUCAAAGACAAAAGUCGCUCCAUUAAAGAAACUUACGAUACCCAGACUCGAACUUUCCGGAGCUGUUCUGUUAGUAAAGUUAAGUUCACACAUAUUGAAGGUACUUGAAAUUGGAAAUAUUCCUAUUUAUCUGUGGACGGAUUCUGCCAUUACAUACACGUGGAUUAAUAAUCAUCCAUCUCGAUGGAAAGAAUUCGUUCACAACCGAGUGUGUUACAUUCAGGAAACCUUACCUUCCGCACGUUGGAAAUUUGUUCCGGGUAAUGAGAAUCCGGCUGAUCUUGCUACCCGAGGAUUGACUCCCAUUCAAUUAUCGGAACACCCAACAUGGUGGACCGGACCCCCAUGGCUGUCACAAAAUUCCUCAAAGUGGCCACAGCCACCCAAGGCACUUUCUGUUAACGAAAACCUUGUAGAACGUCCAGUUAAGAUUUUCACAACUAAUCUCACGCCUCCACCACUUUGGGAUCUUGUUCAUAAAUAUUCCACAGUAAUGAAAUUGUUCCGCAUUACUGCCAUUUGUCAGCGUGUACUUGCUCGAAUGCGCAAGCAUCCACAAUCAUCAUUAACAAUCCCACUAACCACACAAGAAAUAGACAAUGCACGAUUUUUCUGGAUAAAACAUAUUCAAAAUUCUUCAUUUGGUCAAGAAAAAAGACUCCUUUCGAGCGGACAAUCAUUGCCUAAAUCUCAUUCACUUGCUAGACUAACUCCCUUUCUUGACGCUACCGGAUUACUACGAAUAGGAGGUCGCCUUCAGGCCUCAUUAUUACCUCCGAACGCAAAACAUCCUCUGAUUCUUCCGAGAAAGUCACCGUUAACCUCGUUGAUUAUUUUAGACUCCCAUUUACGAACAAUGCAUGGAGGAACACAACUCACGCUUAAUUAUAUCAGAAACAACUAUUGGAUCGUUGGAGGGCGGGCUCCUAUACGCUCUUUUAUUUUGAAGUGUGUAAAAUGCACUCGAUAUCGACAAAGUCGAGCUCAACAACUAAUGGGACAACUUCCAUCUGAACGAAUCACACCUUCGCGUCCUUUCUUGCACUCAGGCGUUGACUAUGCUGGCCCUUUCACUAUAAAAACCUGGAAAGGAAAAAAUGCCAAAACGUAUAAGGCAUAUAUGGUUUUGUUCGUUUGUUUUUCGACUUCGGCAAUUCAUCUAGAAUUGGUCACUGAUUAUACCACCGAGGCAUUUAUUGGAGCAUAUAAACGUUUCACCUCUCGAAGAGGAAUAUGUGCGACGUUGACUAGCGAUUGCGGAACAAAUUUCACAGGAGCAGAUUGCGAAUUGAAAAGAUUAUUUUCUUCCUCAACAAAGGAACUAGGCGAGUUGGCAUCCGUCCUAGCGAACGACGGCACUCAAUGGAAGUUUCAUCCUCCGGCUGCUCCUCACUUUGGAGGAAAAUGGGAGGCUGGAGUUAAGUCCGUCAAAUAUCAUUUAAAACGCGUAGUGGGAGAUACAUUGCUCACGUUUGAGGAGAUGAAUACGUUGCUAACUCAAAUUGAGGCAGUACUCAAUUCACGGCCCUUGAGUCCUCUUACGGAUGAUCCUGAUGACCUUCAGGCCUUGACUCCUGGGCACUUUCUCGUGGGAAAUGCACCUUCAGUCAUUCCCGAACCAUCGUUGGAGACAGUAAAGUCUUCACGACUUUCUCGAUGGCAAUUGACCCGUCAAAUGUUGGAUAGUUUCUGGUCGCGAUGGUCCAGGGAAUGUCUGCAGCGCUACUAUUCUAUUCAUAAGUGGAAUCAACCAUCUCCAUCUCUGUCAAAUGGCUCCCUUGUGCUAGUCAUUGACGAGCGCUACCCUCCGUCUAAAUGGCCUCUAGGGCGCAUAAUUCAAACUCACCCGGGCCCUGAUGGUCUUGUACGAGUCGUGUCCAUUCGGACACAAAAAUCAAUUCUAAAACGACCAAUUGCAAAACUCUGCCCAUUACCUAUCAACAAUGAUAAUCUCUAA